CCACGUCGGGUAAUGUCGGCUAAUGUAUGUGGAACAAGGUUCAUGAGCGUUCGUAGCCACCGGUGCGCUGCGGUGCAUCAAAUUAUACAAGUAAUUGCAGUACCUACUUGAGCUUGGACACGACCCGAACGCUCCAAUGGACACAAAAUCCCGCUAGACGUAGCGCACCUGCAUCUCAACCGAUCAAGUUCAAGAGCGCCUCCAGCCUUUAUCAAUCACUAAAAAUACACACUCAAAUUUGGAACGAAUGAUGUCGAUCACUCGCAUAUAUAAAGUGUGUGUUGAUCGCGCGCGGCUCAAACAGUCGACGCACACAACGUAAAAUGCACGCAUACCUAGCGCUCGCGUCCGCGCUCAUCGUCGCGCUCGCCGCGGCGGCGGUUCCCCGGGAUCGGCUCGGCUACGAGCGGGAGAUCGAUGCCACGCGAUACAACCAAGUGCCAAAGCUUUUGGACUACGUGCUCAACAACGAGUACCUAGCGGCCCAAAAGAACAGAGCGAAGCUCGUCACGAAACAUAGACCCGAGGAGGCGGUGAUCGCAGAUGACGUGUUGUUAGAAUCGAAUGUGGUGAAAAUCGUGAGGCCGACGAAAAGGGAUAUUGGGAACGAAGUGAGCGAGGAGCUGGUAAGGCGGCGGCGUGGGUACAACCUGGAGAACGUGCAGGUGCCCGCGCGGUACCCGUACCUGCCGGUGGCGCGCUUCUACCGCGUCCGCCGCUGGGGCUAGUGGCCUGCGCCCGCGUCGCCCGCGCCUCAAAUGUCAAGGCCGCGCUGAUGCUAUUCUACGGCGGCGGCGGGCCCGCCUCCUGUGCGCUCGAGCGCAUCUUCUCUGCGCGGGCGAGUGACACUCACAGACUGUUAUUUAUAUUAAUUAUGAAGUGGCUGUGUUCUGACGCUCCGUUCUGCCAUUCCUCGAGCGGUUUGGAAAUAACGAUAGAUAGAGAACAUUAUGACGUUAAUAAGAAAUAUUUUUAAGUUAGGUACCUAUACAAAUAAAUAAAUUCUGUAAACAAUAAUGGAAUUAUAAAGUGUUUUAAGAUAUUA